AUGAUUGAGUAUGGAUUAGGCUCGUUCGUGCUGAACUCGCUCGGGACAAUCGUUCUCUGCAUCGCUAUUCGAAUCACCUCACCAACCGUGAAGGAGAUGCUUCAGGAAAUGGAGAAUGAGGAAAAUCAACAACAAGAUUUGCAAAACUCUGAUCAUGACGACAAUCAAGAUGCCGAACCGGGAAGCAGCCAACAACCCAACCAAGAAAAAAAUCGACACCACAGUUCCAAUGGGAAGGAAGAUGAAGAAUCGCCGAUUCUCAUAAUUCUCGUCGGCAUUUGCACGUCCAUCUACUUUCUCGACACAAUGGGACGUCACAGCUUGCCGAAAGGUCAAAUACACGCGGGCUGCAUCUAUUCAGACUUUUGGGAGUGGUUCUACGUAAUUUUGGUGAUGUACAAUGAUUCUCUGGAGUUUAUCGAGAGUCUACUGUGUCACUGCUUCAUAUUGUCUGUCGCUAUCAAGUGUUUCAGGCAUUUCUACUGCAAGGGAAACACUACUGGG